AUGUUCAUCCCUAAAUCGUCGUUCGAAGUCCUUGAGGACACCAAACCUGAUGAUGCCUCCCUCCCUGCCUUCAUGGUCUCAACAACUCGGGGAUUCUUGGCGCGCAUGGAUCCCAUAGUUGUCCUCCCUCCUGAGUUUGAAGCCAUUGAGACCCUUCUUCAAGCGAUGCCUGUCAAGACACAGUCAGGGGAGCCUGGAUUGCUUGCUACCGGGAAGCUGGGUGACGCAGUCCUACAAGAUCUCCCAGACCUUACCGACCAAAUUGAAAAGUACCGUGACAAUCUCCCCAUGAUGAAUGUCUUGUAUCGCGACUAUUCAUUCUUGGCUUCGGCAUUCUUAUUGGAGCCAUGUCACAUGAGGUUCAUCAAGGGUGAGCCUUAUGGAUUAGGGAGGUCCUUCCUUCCGGCUCAACUCUCUCGCCCCAUCGUCCGCUGUGCUGAGCUCGCCGGGUUCAAGCCUUUCAUGGAGUAUGCUGGCUCAUACGCUCUCUUCAAUUAUCGCCUUCAGAAUCCUGAUGCGGGCCUUGAAUACUCAAACCUGCGCCUCAUUCGCGCAUUCGAGCAUGGCCUAGAUCCAACAUCUUCAGAGGCUGGCUUCGUUCUCGUUCAUGUUGACAUGGUCAAGAACUCUGGUCCCCUCGUGCAUGGAACUAUGUCGUGUUUGCGGGCGCUUGAAAAUGCAGACGGGCUCUCCGCCCCACUACAACGUAAGGCGUUUAAUGAAGGGAUGCACACCGUCGUAGAAGCCAUGAAAAAGGUUAAUGGCGUCAUGGAAACCAUGUGGAUGAAGUCGAAGCCUCGUUCAUACACAAGCUUCCGAACCUUCAUCUUCGGCAUCACGUCACAGUCCAUGUUCCCCGACGGCGUCGUGUACGAAGGCGUUAACGAUGGCAAACCUCUAAGCUUUAGGGGUGAAAGCGGCGCCAAUGAUACCAUGAUACCAUUGAUGGAUAACCUCCUCCAAGUUCAAAUGCCAGACACACCCCUCACUGAGAUUUUGCAGGACUUCAGAGAUUACCGACCAAGUAAUCAUCGCCAGUUUCUUGUUGAAGUGAAGAAAAGUUCCGAGGAACUAGGUGCCAAGGAUUUCGCACUUGCCAUCAAUUUCGAGCGCAAUUCAUCAACGACGGACGAGUACAUAGACAUGGUGAAGGAUUCCAGGCGCCUCUGGCUCCAGGCUUUGAAUCAAGUCCGCGAUUUCAGAUGGCGCCAUUGGUGUUUCGCACGUGAAUACAUACUUAAGCAGACAUCCCACCCGACCGCUACUGGUGGUAGCCCAAUAGUGACUUGGCUUCCAAAUCAACUUCAGGCCAUCAUGGAAGAGAUGAUGGAAAUCUCCGGAAAUAUCGGCGCGAAAGACGGUUCAAUGGAACUCGGAGCAGAGUAUUGGGAUGUUAUGGAUCUUGUAGAGCGGCAGAACCAAACCCUUAGGACAUGGGCGAAUAGAAACUCAAAUGCGAAACCCACAAUUAUAAGUGCCCUUAUAGAAAUCAUAGCAGGCUCAGGUCAAAUCAAGUAUAGCCGGGGUGUGGGUACCCGAUAUGGGAUAUUUGAGAAGGUUAUUGGCGGUGCGUUCGGAUACGGUGCCGAAACAUAUGUCCGAGAGGCGAUUGACGACCUAGCCGCUAAUUAUUCCCCCGGAGAUGAAAUCAUCAUCAUCGGAUAUAGUCGCGGCGCCCAUAUAGCUCGACACGUCGUCGGUUUCUUAGACUGCCUAGGUCUUCCUCGGUGCGACAGAGAAGUUAUCCAGAAGCUUUAUAAGAUGUAUAUAUCCGGAAAUCUCCUACGAACGGAUACCGACCGCCUUUCCAAGGAAUAUAAUUGCACUCGAGUCAAUAUAAAACUGUUUGUCUGUAUCGAUACUGUUGCUGCGCUCGGUAUUCCGCACACUGGCCUACUCAGAAUAUUCUCACCAUUCACGAAAUAUGAGUUUGCGGAGACCAAUGUCGCAUCAAACGUUGAGAAUAUGUUUCAUGCCCUCGCGCUUCAUGAACAACGUGGCCCGUUCCAACCCACGCUAAUGCACGUACCUGAGGAUGAGCGGCACCGGCUAAAGCAGGUAUACUUCCUCGGGAGUCAUCGCGAUGUCGGUAUCCCAUCGAAGACUAACUCUUUGAGUACUAUCGUAUUGGCAUCGAUUCUCCAGCAGCUAAAUUAUGUCGGGGUUAGCUUCAAUGACGAGAAGAUCCGUAGGUGGUUUCCAUACGCAGGUGCUAAUAGACCCAUCUCCGGCACAGGCAGCCACGCGUGGGCUUAUGAUGAUCUAAUCGGGCAAUCUUCUGCCGUUCUUUGGGGGCUGUUGGGUAGCCACAUACGGCAGCUUGGUCAGUAUAACGUAGUUGGAAGGGCAAUAAACGAGAUCAUUCACACAACAGUACGACUUCGCGCCUAUGGACUGAAAAGCACCCAUCAAGCCGUUGAAGGUUAUACGAUUAGGCUUGGAGCAGAUCGGGCACUUGUAUGGCACGGAGAGGGAGGGUGGUUGUAUACAACUAGCUCAAACCACCUGAUAAACCCACCACAUAUUGGCGAAGAACCUCUUGGGGAAUAUGAAGCUUGGUUGCUCGGGAUUUCCCUUAAUUAA